CACAACAGGAACAGUCUACUCAGAUUUGGGUGACGUUUUAAACAACCAUGUGCUCACACGCACAAUAGCAAAUGGCGGAACACAUGGAGACCACACAGACAAGUUUAGACACGGCCGGUUCAACCAAAACUCCAAAUGGAAAUGUUGCACCGGAGGAGAUGACGUCAAAAGAUUAUUAUUUUGAUUCCUAUGCACAUUUUGGCAUCCAUGAGGAAAUGUUGAAAGAUGAAGUAAGAACUUUGACAUACAGAAACUCCAUGAUCCACAACAAACAUUUGUUCCGUGGAAAAGUAGUACUGGAUGUAGGCUGUGGAACUGGAAUACUCUGUAUGUUUGCAGCUAAAGCAGGGGCUUCAAAGGUCAUUGGUAUUGAAUGCUCUGGUAUUAUAGAGUAUGCACAGAAAAUUGUUGAUGCUAACAAGUUUUCUGAUGUGGUAACUCUGAUCAAAGGAAAGGUAGAAGAGGUGUCAUUACCUGAUGGUAUAGAGAAAGUAGACAUCAUAAUCAGUGAAUGGAUGGGGUAUUGUCUUUUCUAUGAAUCUAUGUUAAACACUGUCAUCUUUGCCAGGGACAAAUGGCUGACACCUGGUGGAUUGAUCUUCCCGGACAGAGCAACUAUGUACGUAACUGCAAUAGAAGACAGACAAUAUAAGGAUACUAAAAUUAACUGGUGGGACAACGUAUAUGGCUUUGAUAUGAGUUGUAUCAGAAAGACUGCCAUUGCCGAACCUUUGGUUGAUGUAGUUGACCCUAAUAUGGUUGUUACCAAUGCCUGUCUGGUCAAGGAGGUUGACAUAUAUACAGUACAAUUAGAUGACCUGUCAUUUACAGCUCCUUUUCACCUUCAGUGCCGUAGAAGUGAUUAUAUUCAUGCUCUUGUCACAUAUUUCAACAUUGAAUUUACGAAAUGUCACAAACGAACUGGCUUCUCAACAGCACCAGAAGCACCAUAUACCCAUUGGAAACAGACAGUAUUUUAUUUUGACCAGUUAGAUCUGACAGUUAAGAAAGGAGAAGAAUUAUAUGGAACUUUAAGUGUGAAACCGAAUAAAAAUAACGUGAGAGAUCUUGAUUUUGAAAUAGAUGUUGACUUCAAGGGAGAAAUCUCAGCAAUGAAGGAGUCAAUGGUCUAUAAAAUGAGAUAAACAGUAUGAAGUGAACCUACGGCUGAUAAAAUCAUGGCCGUGCCGAACUCUGCGUGGUCCCUUUGUGUUCUUGUUGAGCAGGAACAAAAGUUACUGGAAUGUGUGUUUGAACAUCAAUACAAAGAGCCAGAUCACCAGCUCAACUGUAGAAACAAAAACUAGAAUAUUUUUAAUAUUGUAUACUCUUAAUUUUUUUUACAUCAACAGUUCUUGUUUUAUGAAACAAUGAAAAAGCUAUGAAAAAAAAAUUAUUUUAUCUUUUAUGUCAGCACUGAAAUAAUAUAUUUUGCUUGUGUAUGGAUUUUCUUGUAAAUGUAUGUAUAACUUUCAAAGGUUGUGUUAGAAGACAAAGCGCUCUUAUUUUGUGAAUAUCAUGAUCGAAAUUAACCAGUUGGUUGCAUAUAUGUCAGUCCAAGAGUCCAAACAAGGAGUUGCUUUGAAUUCGCUCUAAAGACCAGUUAAAAUUUCUUGCCUUCCUGUUCAAAAGGGUGAUUGCUGACAAUUUUUUUCUGACCCUAAACUUAUUUACUGGUCUUGAAGGGCACUUAUUGGAACCUGUCAGUCAGUUGUAUUGAAACUUCACAGUGUUGCGUUAUAUAUUAAAUGAAUAUUAUGAGUUAUGCAAGAAAUUCCUGAAUUUGAUCUGGAAGUAAAAGGAGAUGUGACAGGGGUUUGUGAUAAAAACAGUCAUUCAGGAGUUCAUGUUUUGGAUCCCCUGUUCAACAUUAUUUUGAUUCAGUGCAUAUACUUAAAUGACAUGACAUUAAAAUGACAAUGACUUCACAGUAUGUAUGUACUGUAGUAUUGAAAAUAGUACCGUAACUGUGUUAUAUAAUCAUACUUGUUUAUUUACUUAGUUUGAAUAUGUCAGUAUUUGUGUUAUAUCUUUGAACAAAUUGCAUGUACAUGUACUAGAGAAAUCCCGAGUGUAUUGGUAGCAGAUUGAAGGAAAGGAACUGGGUUAUUGAUGUGCCAAUGUAGAUCUGUAUCAUUAUAUAUAUAUUAUGAUAUUUGCUUUAGUUUAAACAUAAAUGUGAGUAGUUUUUUUAAAUACCUUUUGUCAGGAAACACUCUGCAAUAUGGAAAUCUCUGACCAACAACCAUUGAUCCUGAUGAUCUUCAAAAUUCGGGUAAUGAUUUAAAGCUCACUGCUAAAUUGAUUUUGUCAGUUCCUUGCAGUGAAAAACCUGCAAAGUAUAACCAUAUAGGUAAAAUUGAUACAUUUUACCUGUUGUAACAUUUUUAGAUGUAUUUUGUGAAUCAGGCUUCAAUCGUAACCUAAUUUUUGACCUGGCACUCAAUUCAUUGCUUCUACAUUAUAUCAUUGUCAUUUCACAAUUAUCAAUUUCAUAUAUCAUGUCUCUAUAAGCAAAUGAAUUAAAAAUUACAAAAGCUU